AUGAUAAAAGACAAGUUGGAGUAUUCAAUACCCGAGAAGUUCAUGUUACCUAUCGAGAUGUAUGGAAUAUUGUUCAAGGAAAAUCUCCAAGGAAUAAAGAACUUGAUGGAUUGGUUUAAGCCCAAGGUCUCAGCGUUUCCAAUCACCAACUCUUGUUUCGUGACCGGUAAAUGGCGUAAUGGAUAUUCUUACUACCAAGCACAUAACGACAAGCAUAAAACUAGUUUUACUUCGACUGCAAGCAAGAACAUAACCGAUCCUCAUACAGAAACAGUAGACUCAACAGUCACAAUCUACUCAGUAUUACCUGGUAUUAGAUAG